AUGCAACGCCACAUCCUGCGUCGCCUGCCCCGCUCCAUUGCUCGCAGCGCUGCUGCUUCCACAACCGCCAAGGCGUCGCUGCUGUCUCGCAACUUCUCCGUGGAUGUGAAGCAGACCAACUUGUUCAUUAACAACAAGUUCACGCCGUCUUCGUCCGGUGCAACAUUCGACACCAUCAACCCUGCAACGGAGGAAAAGAUUGCGUCUGUGGCCGAGGCCACAGCUGCCGAUGUUGAUGCUGCUGUGGAGGCUGCUCGUGCCGCCUUUAACGGUCCGUGGCGCACCAUGGAUGCCGUUGACCGUGGUCGUCUGCUGUACCGUCUUGCAGACCUCAUUGAGCAGAACGGCGAGGAGCUGGCUCAACUGGAGGCUCUGGACGCUGGCAAACCACGCUUCUUCACGCGCGUCCUGGACGUCCAGCAAUGCAUCAACGUUCUUCGCUACUACGCCGGCUGGGCCGACAAGGUGCACGGCAGCACCAUCCCCAUUCCGGGUAAAUACUUGUGCUACACGAAGCAAGAGCCUGUUGGAGUGUGCGGUCAGAUCAUCCCGUGGAACUUCCCCUUAAUUAUGAUGUCAUGGAAGCUUGGCCCCGCCCUUACUACCGGUAACACCGUCGUGCUCAAGCCGGCCGAACAGACGUCGCUAACGGCUCUGCGUGUCUGUGAGCUCAUCGUCGAGGCUGGCUUCCCUGAGGGCGUCGUGAACGUUGUGACGGGGGGUGGUGCUUCCGUUGGCGCCCACCUCGCGCAGCACCCGAAGGUGGACAAAAUUGCCUUCACCGGAUCCACCCAGACGGGUAUGAACAUCAUGCGUUCGUCGCACGUGGACAACCUUAAGCGUAUCACUCUUGAGCUCGGUGGCAAGUCCGCCAACAUCAUUCUUGACGAUGCAGACAUCGAUGCGGCCAUCCAGCAGUCGCAGAUUGGGCUGUUCUUCAACGCCGGCCAGGUGUGCAUCUCCGGUAGCCGCGUGUUUGUGCAGGAGGGUAUUUACGACGAGUUUGUGCGUCGCUCGGCUGAAGCCGCGUCGUCCAUGAAGAUUGGCGAUCCGUUCGACUUGUCCGUCAUGCACGGCCCCCAGAUUGACGGCAACCAGUUCAAGAAGAUUUUGAGAUACGUUGAGUCUGGUAAGAAGGACCGCGCCCGUUUGGUGUGCGGUGGCAAGCGCUGGGGCGACAAGGGUUUCUACAUUGAGCCGACCGUGUUUGCCGAUGUGACCGAGGACAUGGCUAUCGCUCGCGAGGAGAUCUUUGGCCCCGUCAUGUCGAUCAUCAAGUUUAAGACUAUCGACGAGGUCAUUGAGCGCGCUAACAACUCAGAGUUUGGCCUGGGUGCCGGUGUUUUUACGUCCAACCUGGACAAUGCCAUCAAGAUCUCCAAUAGUGUGCGUGCCGGUACCGUGUACGUGAACUGCUACACGGUGAUCGAGGCCAACACGCCCUUCGGAGGCUUCAAGAACUCGGGCAUUGGUCGCGAGCAGGGCGAGCUGGGCUUGCGCAACUACCUUGAGAACAAGACCGUGAUUAUCAAGCGCCCCGACGACUCCAUGCCUUAA